AUGCGGGAAACGGGGAAUGUCUUGCUACGUGGUUUUGGUUGGAAUUUCUGGGUGGAGUGGUGCGGCGGUUCCGAUACUAUGGAGGAAAUCCUUGCCAGGAUCCAACAAAGAGAAGAAGCAGCGGUAAAGCGUGAACGAGCCAUGGCGUAUGCCUUCUCUCAUCAGUGGAGGGCCAAUCCUACACAGUAUCUAGGCCAGGCCUAUUACAAUCUUGGCAAAGAAAACUGGGGUUGGAGCUGGAAGGAGCGCUGGAUUGCUGCUCGGCCAUGGGAGAUUCGGGCUCAUGCUGAGCCUAAUACCCUAAAGAAAGUUCAUUCCAGACAAGAGAGCAAAACGGAGAUUAAAAUGCCACUCUCAACCAAACCUGCUUUGUCAAAUGGGAAGAUUCAACUAUUGAUGGAAAAUGACUCAUUGUUCGAUGCUCCCGAAAAUCCGAGCAACGAAAGAGAUGUUAAAGAUGGGUUUAUUCUUUCAAUUCUUUUUGCAGAUUUGAGGAAGUUGCUGAGGCAUCGAAAGGCAAAAAAGCAACCAACAAAAACAAUCACAAAGAGAAACUCUCUCUUUCAACUCUCUCUUUCAUCCAUUCAGAGGAAGUAG